AUCACCUCACACGUGUGUCAUUGAAACAGUCCGUAGGACCUGUUACACACACACUCACUCACCCUCUCUCUCUCACACACACUUGCUCACUCUCUAACACGCGUGUCAGGAGGCCCACCGAAGCACAUGGACUCGACAGUGGAACGCAAGAGUCAUGAUGUUCUGGAAGUCCCAGAGGGGCGGGGUCAGCAGACGGACAGGGUUAAGGAGACAAUCGGAGAGAGGAAGGCCCUGGACAUGAUCUACACUAUUGAGGAUGUCCCGCCCUGGUAUCUUUGUGUACUACUGGGCCUCCAGCACUACCUGACGUGUUUCAGUGGUACCAUCGCGGUGCCCUUCCUCCUGGCGGAAGCCAUGUGUGUGGGUCAGGACCAGCACGCAGUCAGCCAGCUGGUGGGAACCAUCUUCACCUGUGUGGGCAUCACCACUCUCAUACAGACCACCUUCGGAAUCAGACUGCCUCUGUUCCAGGCCAGUGCGUUUGCGUUUCUCGUCCCAGCUCAGGCCAUCCUGGGGCUGGAGCGCUGGAAGUGCCCCCCUACUGAGGAGAUUUAUGGGAACUGGAGUCUUCCCCUGAACACCUCCCAUAUAUGGAACCCCAGGAUCAGAGAGAUCCAGGGGGCCAUCAUCGUGUCCAGCCUGGUGGAGGUGCUGAUGGGAUUGGCUGGACUCCCAGGCCUGUUGCUGGACUACAUCGGCCCGCUCACCGUCACCCCCACCGUGUCCCUCAUUGGCCUGUCUGUUAUUACCACCGCUGGAGACCGGGCCGGCUCACACUGGGGGCUGUCUGCACUGUGUAUCUUCCUCAUUGUUCUGUUUUCCCAGUACCUGAGGAACUGGCCCCUCCCCCUGCCCACCUACACCAGGAAGAGGGGCUUCUCAACCACCAAGGUCCACAUCUUCAAGAUGUUUCCUAUUAUCAUGGCGAUCAUGUUGGUGUGGCUGGUGUGCUACAUCCUCACCCUUACUGAUGUGUUGCCUAGCGACCCUAGUCGCUACGGAUACAAAGCUCGCACAGAUGCCCGCGGUGACAUCAUGACCUUGUCACCAUGGUUCCGGGUCCCUUACCCCUGCCAGUGGGGGUUGCCGACAGUGACUGUUGCCGGGGUGCUGGGAAUGUUCAGUGCUACCCUGGCGGGCAUCGUGGAGUCGAUUGGAGAUUACUAUGCCUGUGCCCGCCUCUCGGGGGCGCCACCACCACCUGUACAUGCUAUCAACAGGGGCAUCUUUACAGAGGGGGUGUGCUGCAUCAUCGCAGGACUGCUGGGAACUGGUAAUGGAUCCACCUCUUCCAGCCCCAACAUAGGUGUGCUGGGGAUUACCAAGGUGGGCAGCAGGAGGGUGGUCCAGUAUGGGGCAGCCAUCAUGUUCCUCCUGGGCACCGUGGGCAAGUUCACGGCUCUCUUUGCCUCCCUGCCCGACCCCAUCCUGGGGGGCAUGUUCUGCACCCUGUUUGGUAUGAUCACGGCAGUGGGACUGUCCAACCUGCAUAGUGUGGAUCUGAAUUCCUCAAGGAACCUCUUCGUUCUCGGCUUCUCCUUGUUCUUUGGCCUCAUGCUUCCCAACUACCUGGACACACACCCUGGCAGCAUCCAGACAGGAGUGUCAGAGCUGGAUCAGAUCCUAACCGUGCUUCUGACCACGGAGAUGUUCGUAGGUGGCUUCCUGGCCUUCGCUCUCGACAACACCAUCCCCGGAACGAGGAAGGAGCGUGGCCUGUUGGACUGGAAGGCGGCGGUUGCCUCAGAGGGCUCCUCUGCCAGCCGGGGCACCUACGACUUUCCCGUGGGGAUGGUCUGUGUCCGCAAGACUGGCUGGCUACGCUACCUGCCUAUCUGCCCCAGCUUCCAGGGCUGGGGGGACCGAGGGGGCCACAGGUCCAGCCUCCAAGAGGAGGUCAGCGAGGGGGCUGGUGGGAUGGUGGAGGGGGCAGCAUCAAACACAGACACCUCAGCUAGCCUGGCAUGCACUAAGGUGUAGCUAGCAUGUUAGCAUGCUAACAUAGCCUGAUCUGCACUCGGGUAACCUGUAGCUAGUGCUUUAGCACGCUAGGCUAGCCUGACCUGCACAAAGGCAGGCUGUAGCUAGUGUGUACGCAUGCUAGCCCAGCUUGACCUGCAUCAAAAUUUAGUUAGCGUUUUGGCUACCUACAGUAGCCUACUGUAGGUAGCGUGUUAGCCUGUUAGCUUUCUGCACUCCUAUGCCUCUACUGUGACUCAUAGUUGAAAUGUCAUAAUAUUACUUUUGAACACUGCUGUAUUUUCACAGCCUUUUACUUUAAUGACAUGCUAUUUAUUAGAUUUGAAGCUGUAUUUAAACUGUAUGAAUUUAUAAAAGCAACCACAAAACAAUGUUUUUGUUACUGUAUAUCUUUAUUGUGUACAAAAACAAGUAAUUCAUUAAAUGUUUUAAUUAUGGAUGACCUGUACUCAAAUGUGAGGAUAUUGAUGAUACAAAACAAAUGUAAUAAAAACA